GGCGCGGCGGGCGCGGCGGUUCUCCCCUCGGCGGCGGCGUCGCCGGGCUCGGGCGAGUAGGGCCGAGGGGAAGGGGUCGAGAUGGCGGCGUGCGUGGGGAGCCGGACCCUGAGCAAAGACGACGUGAACUACCGCCUGCAUUUCCGCAUGAUCAACGAGCAGCAGGUGGAGGACAUCACGCUGGAGUUCUUCUACCGGCCGCACACCAUCACCCUCCUCAGCUUCACCAUCCUCAGCCUCAUGGCCUUCGCCUUCACCAGGGAUGAUUCUGUCCCAGAGGAAAAUAUUUGGAGGGGUAUCCUCUCUGUGAUUUUCUUCUUUCUAAUCAUCAGUGUUCUAGCUUUUCCCAAUGGACCCUUUACACGCCCCCACCCUGCAAUAUGGCGAAUGGUUUUUGGUCUCAGUGUGCUGUAUUUUCUGUUCCUGGUGUUCGUGCUCUUCCUUAACUUUGAGCAGGUAAAAGCAGUCAUGUACUGGCUGGAUCCUAAUCUUCGAUAUGCCACAAGGGAAGCAGAUAUUAUGGAGUAUGCUGUGAACUGCCAUGUUAUCACCUGGGAGAGAAUCCUCAGCCACUUUGAUAUAUUUGCUUUUGGGCAUUUCUGGGGCUGGGCAAUGAAGGCUUUACUGAUCCGCAGCUAUGGCCUGUGCUGGACUAUUAGCAUCACCUGGGAGCUCACUGAGCUCUUCUUCAUGCACCUUCUGCCUAAUUUUGCUGAAUGCUGGUGGGAUCAAGUCAUUUUGGACAUCCUGCUUUGUAACGGGGGUGGCAUCUGGUUGGGCAUGGUAGUUUGUCGUUUCUUGGAGAUGAGGACCUAUCACUGGGCAAGCUUCAAGGAUAUUCACACAACCACAGGGAAAAUCAAAAGGGCUGUAUUACAGUUCACCCCAGCCAGCUGGACCUAUGUCCGCUGGUUUGACCCUAAGUCUUCAUUUCAAAGAGUGGCUGGAAUCUAUCUUUUCAUGAUCAUUUGGCAGCUAACUGAGUUGAACACGUUCUUUUUGAAACAUAUCUUUGUGUUCCAAGCAAGCCACCCUUUAAGCUGGGGGAGAAUUCUCUUCAUAGGAAUCAUUACAGCACCCACUGUAAGGCAGUACUAUGCGUACCUCACAGAUACACAGUGCAAGAGGGUGGGAACUCAGUGCUGGGUGUUCGGGGUUAUUGCUUUCCUUGAAGCUAUUGUGUGCAUAAAAUUUGGACAGGAUCUUUUCUCCAAAACACAAAUACUCUAUGUUGUGUUUUGGCUUCUCUGUGUGGCCUUUACAACUUUCCUGUGUUUAUAUGGCAUGGUUUGGUAUGCAGAAUACUAUGGCCACCGAGAAAAGACCUUAUCAGAAAGUGAAGACAGCCCAUACAGUCCAGAUGCUUCCUGGCUUCAUUCUAAAUUCAGUAAAGGUGCUGACAACAGUCCACCAAAACAUCCAGUCAAUAGUGAAAGCCAUUCAUCUCGAAGGAGGAAUCGACACUCCAGAUCAAAAGUAACAAAUGGAAUUGGCAAGAAAUAAGAAGGAUGUCUGAAGAUAUUCUACCACGAGAUGACAAAGAAAUUCAGAUUUAGCCCUGAGUUUCCAAAUGGAAGAUUGAUUUUAAUUUUUAAAAAAGUUGUUGAAGAUAAGGAUGGUCAAGACGGAGCCACCAGUGUAGUGCAAAUCAUUGCCUGUUGAUACUUGCCAUUCACUGAUUUAAAUCUAGUUUCUUCAGCAUGUGGCAACAAAAGCUAAUGAAGAGUACGCUGGAAAGAGUAUAAUCUUGUCAUAGCAGGUACACCCUGUUUUGUGUUCAGGUGUUGCAAGUUUUUAGUAUCUUAGUUGAGGACAUAACCACAAAGGUUAGUAAGCUGAUAAUCAGUUUGCAUGGUCGAUGGGAUUGUUUUAUUUCACUGUGUUUUUGUUGUUGUCUAAAAGAAUAUGCAAUCCUUUGACUAAAGGCAACUGCCAGUCUUUCUCAGUCUCACAACUUUUCUAUACAGGAGUCAGUAAAUAUUUUGAAUUUCUGUACUGGUAUCUAGCUGCUUGCUUUUAUUUAAAGCCUCUCCACACUUGGUGACAGUGUUUUACCAGCUAAGAAAUGGGUCCAGAUUUCUUGUAAAGAAUGUGAAAUUGACCUUCAAAUAUGACCUUUUAGUUCUGUGUUGUCCUUCUGCUUGACCGUUACGUGCUCUUAUUUCUUCAGGCUUUGUUAAAUACUUACAUAAAACCUAUUGCAAUGUAGGGAGGGAGGGCCAUGCCUUUUUACAUUCAGCUGUGUCAUUUAGUUGUUUUUACUGCAGUACUUAGUUGUGCAUUUUCAAGUCAUUCUUUCGGCUGUGUCACCUUGUGUUCAGUGUUUCUUUCCACUCUCCUUUAAUUUGCCUCUGCCUCAGCUGGAACCAAGAAAUCCCAGCUUCUUCAAACUGAUAGCAGAAACUGCUUUGGAGGCUCUGAUGUACUACCAGGCCUGAUGAUAAGGCAGGUUUUCUGGUGAAGUUGAGUUGCUUACUGCUUCCAUAAACAAUUAUUUGCAAAGACUCCGUAGUCUUUGGUAUCUGAGAGGUCACAUGAUAUUACUGUGAUAUACCACUUUGAUUUGGUAUCUUCUGUCAUGCAGUUCAGAUACCCAACAGCAAAAGGACUCUUUCCUGCAGGUGUUGCAUUUUUUUUGGCUUGUUUGUUUCUGUUUGUUUUGAAACAUUAAUUCUGAUGUCUAGCAAAGUGGAUAAUGUGCCAUUUGUGAACCGAGAUUAAGUCAAGAGGUAAACAAUCAAGAACAAUCUGUUCCUGUAUUAAAUUAUCAAAAUGGUUUUGUGCCAAUUAGAUUUUGGGAUUCGUGGAGUUCACAGAAGUGGGCAGCUUAAGUAAGGCUAAUACCCAUUAGUCAGUAAUCUGCAAAAGAGACUGGGGUUUUCUUGUUCCAUGAUGAAGUUACUGUGAUUUGCCACAGAGUAAAUACUGAAGAAAACGCAGCAAAGACUUUAUACAAGUGUAUGAUACUGUAAAUAGGAAAAAAAAGUACCCUGUGUAAGCCAUGAAUUCCUAUGUGCCACAGAUUGUCAUUUUCAAUGCACUUAACUGUGUUGCUGCUGCAUUCCUCAGAGGCCCUUCGUUCCCCUCCCUUUUUCAAUCAAAGCAAGCGUACAACUUCAGAGGUGACAUAGAAGCUGCUAUUUAAUCAUUGAGACGGUAACAUUAAAUGUUACAUGAGAAAAAUGAUAGGAAGACUUUAAAGCUUUCCUGAAAGUACUUGGUUGUCUUUCACUUCCAUGUGUUGUCUUUAUUUGUGGUGUGCUGCAUAUUGAUGAAUGUAUCCGUAGAUUUCUUUGGAUAAUUCAGACUUGUUACUUUUUUAUUUUUUUGAUGAAUAAGUCAGUCUGUGUAAGACUGAAGAGUGGCAUUGUAAGUUUUCUGUCGAUGCAAUACCAAAGCAAGAGGUUGGGAGCCUGAUGACUUGGAUACGUGAAGUGCUGUGGUUUUGAAAGGUGAGCGCCUGUUCUAUACUUGCAGGGUGCACACACACCAACUGCGUGUGCAAGGCCUUGCACGUGCACACAGAUGCUGAAGCACACAAUCUAGUUGCCUGUGGGGAUGAGCACACGUUUUGUAGAUGCAGACCUGGUGCUUACGCUCCUGAACUGCACCCUAAAAGAUAUCGAGAAGGCAAAUACAAAGUGUUGUCCUGGUUCUGCAUGCUGUUACAACAGCGCUGACCUAGAAGAAAUGUUGUCUAACAACACCUUCUAAAUAUUUCCUGUGAUUUUUCUGUUUGGUUGGCUGAGUUUUCUUUGCUCCUUUAAAAGAGAGAGGGCUACAGUGAGCAUAAACGUAAGUCAGCUCUUCAAACACUGCUUGGAAAAUGACAGUUCCUGUCCUCUGUCGACAGUUCUGGCUGGAAUUCACACGUGUUCUCACAAGUCCUCUGCUGACUGACAACUGUAUUUUCAGCUCCAUCGUCUUUGGGUAUGAGCUUUGUGCUAGCUCACGUUGGAAAGGUGCUUUUGAUCACCGUUGUAAACUUAAAGUGAUCCCAGUUUUAUCACUUAGUAUGCUAUUGCUGAAUAUGGAGUGUGUGACACCUACAGUGGCAAAUCACUGAGCUGUUAAGCAACAAGCAUCCAUGUAUGAAUUCUGCUGCUUGAACAGUAUUUUGAAAUAGUCACAGAUGCACUGUUCUGUUUUCAACUACUCAUUCUGUCUCACUUUCUCAUUCUCGCUUUCUUGCUUCUGAUGUUCUUUCCUUUCUCUGUCCUCUGGUGAUCUCCCCUGCUGCUAAUGAGAGAUCUGAAUUGGCCUUCUGGAGGCUGUCCAUUGGUGCUGUCAGCCAUUGAAGGGAGGCUAAUUUGGGGCAGCAUGGCAUAAGCAGAGGGUCGUGGCAUGAACUUUAUGUGAUGGACUAAAUGAAAAUGAAGAGUUUUAAGAUGCAGGCAUGAAAUGAACCAGUGCUAGCCCGGAGUACUCGAUUCAAGUGCUAAAGUUGCUGUAUAGAUUAUAUACAGCAUCUAAUUAACUUUUUGGAGUGUGAUUUUGACCAGUGCUUCUGUUACUCUUCUGUGAAGAUGAUAAUUUGAUGUUCCAGCUGUUAAAACUUUUAAUAUUUUUUACCGUGUUAUCACAAGAGGACACAAAUGUUACCAUGUAUUUAAUAGUUUUGAAUGGAAUUGCUCUGUAUUGAUUGCAAAGUAUUGUAUUUUGCAAUAACUCAGUAAAUCAACCCAUGUCACCCUG